UCUCGGCCCGCCCCGCGCCCCCCGCCCGCCCCCUGCAGGGCCAACGCCUCCGUGGCCACCCUGCCCAACUUCAAGGGGCAGCCACAGCAGGUGCGUGACUUCCUGCUGUACAAGCACUGCCGUGACUUCCCGCUGCUGCAGGACGUGCCCCUGGGCAAGUGCGCACCGCCCGUCUUCCUGCUGCUGGUGAUCAAAUCCUCACCCAGGAAUUACGAGCGGCGGGAGCUGGUGCGGCGCACUUGGGGCCGCGAGCGCCAGGUGCGGGGUGCCCCGCUGCGCCGCCUCUUCCUGGUGGGCACGGCCCCUAACCCCCUGGAGGCUCGCAAGGUCAACCGGCUGCUGGCACUGGAGGCACAGGCGCACGGCGACAUCCUGCAGUGGGACUUCCAUGACUCCUUCUUCAACCUCACGCUCAAACAGGUGCUCUUCCUAAAGUGGCAGGAGACUCGGUGCACCAAUGCCAGCUUCGUGCUCAAUGGGGAUGAUGACGUCUUCGCACACACAGACAACAUGGUCUCCUACCUGCGGGACCAUAAUCCCGACCGCCACCUCUUUGUGGGGCAACUGAUCCACAGUGUGGGCCCCAUCCGGGUUCCCUGGAGCAAGUACUAUGUGCCAACAGUGGUGACACAGGAGGAGCAGUACCCUCCCUACUGUGGGGGGGGUGGCUUCCUGCUGUCCCGCUUCACGGCCACUGCCCUGCGCCGGGCCGCCUCCACACUGGACCUCUUCCCUAUCGAUGAUGUCUUCCUGGGCAUGUGCCUGAAGCAGGAAGGUCUGAAGCCCGCCUCACACGGCGGUAUCCGCACAGCUGGCAUUGGGGCUCCCUCGGCCCGCGUAUCCUCCUUUGACCCCUGCUUCUACCGGGAGCUGCUGCUGGUCCAUCGCUUCUUGCCAUACGAGAUGCUACUCAUGUGGGACGCCCUGAGCCGACCCAACCUCACCUGUGGCCAGCAGAUGCAGGUCUACUGA